GUCUAUGUCAUCUUUGACUGAGAAUCAGCUGAUCCUUCCAGUCUAUUUUCUAGGCUCUGGGUCUGUCACGAUCGACCUAUUUCAUGUCAUUAUUUGUGUGUUUUUAAAUCUUUAGGCUUUUCACAAUUAUUAUAAAGACCCGUUUGACACACAGAGCUCUCCACGUCGUCGCGGUCGACCUUCAUCUCUCAGUUGCAGUCAUGGCGCUCAGCGAUGCCGACGUCCAGAAACAGAUCAAGCACAUGAUGGCUUUUAUUGAGCAGGAGGCCAAUGAAAAAGCAGAGGAGAUUGAUGCAAAGGCAGAAGAGGAGUUCAACAUUGAGAAAGGUCGGCUGGUUCAGACCCAGCGUUUGAAAAUAAUGGAGUAUUAUGAGAAGAAGGAAAAGCAGAUCGAACAGCAGAAGAAAAUCCAAAUGUCCAAUCUAAUGAACCAAGCUAGACUGAAGGUCCUGAAGGCCCGCGAUGACAUGAUUUCGGGUCUGCUAAAUGAUGCACGUCAACGGCUAGCAAAUGUAGCCAGAGAUCCAUCCAGAUACGCUGCUCUGAUGGAUGGGCUUAUCCUGCAGGGUUUUUACCAGCUCCUGGAGCCAAAAGUGAACAUCCGUUGCCGCAAACAGGACAUUGGUAUUGUACAGGCUGCUGUGCAGAAAAACAUCCCGAUCUACAAAGCAUCAGUGAAGGAUAAUCUUGAAGUGCGCAUUGACCAAGACAACUUCCUCUCUCCAGAAAUCUCUGGAGGUAUUGAGAUGUAUAAUGCCAAUGGAAAGAUUAAGGUGUCCAACACUCUGGAGAGCAGACUGGACCUCAUGGCGCAACAGAUGAUGCCUGAAAUCCGAGUUGCCCUAUUCGGGGCAAACCAGAACCGCAGGUUCAUGGACUGAUCUUCGCUCAUAUAGAGGACCUUUUAGAACUCUGGCGGAAUGCCAUUGUUUGAUGUUCUACUUUUUUAUUUUUAUUCUGAUGUUAAAAAUUCCAUUCCGUGUCUGUAUUUAAGAAAAUAUUAUGUGUAUGUGGUGAUUCAUUAUUGCUGUAAAAAAGGACCAAGAUAGUGUUUUGUUUGGCUGCUGGAACUCAAGUCCUUUACAUCUCAUGUAUUGAUAUUGACUGCAGUUGUAAUAAAACACGGUUAUGUUUACAGAAAAGCUCGAAUGAGUCUUAAACUGAUGGAGAAAUUCCAUGAGCUCUUCUUAGUUUUGGUUUACCAACUCUAAAACCCAUUUGGUGGAUGGGCGAGGAAAAGGCAGCCCCAUUCUGAACAUCCUUGGUGAUAAAGAUUUGACCAUUUAGAGCUUUUUUGGUUGUCCUUUCCUGUGCAGAGCAUGACCUGUAUAUCAGAACCAAUGUAUCUGUUAACACUGCAAAGAUUAAAUUGAUCUGAAAAUAAUAUAUAAUGAAAACAG